GAAUAGGAAAAAAAAUCCCAAACUAACUAGGAAACAUUGUACUACUUAAAUAAGGACUCAAACUAUUAAUUAAACUCCUAGACAGCUAAAACAAUAAUGAAAACAAUAAAACUCCAACUGUCACGUGCUGGAUCUUCCGAGUCACUGCGCGUCCAUUCCUUUUCCAUUUCUAGGACGAAAUUGGAUUCCUUUGCAUUAAACAACCAACCAUUAUUCCAUGCUAAUGCUUCACGUGAAUAACCCACCAUGUAAUUCUCAAUUUGAUAAUUGCCACUCCACCAAACUUCUUCCCGGAAUAAUUAAUGAUGAGCCAUCCAAUUCCAUGUAAUGAAACACGUCCCAGCCAUGCAAUUAAUCCCCACGUGGCCAGCUCCAAGAUAUUGGGUGGGUUUAUCCAUCAAGAACGAUCCCAAUUGAUCCUUAUAUCGUAUAAUCUGAAUCUUCAUUUUUGGACUACGGGAAUUAAAUAUCGUGCUAGUCGAUAUCGCAUCAAAAGGUGUUGCGAAGAAAGGCCAACUAAAAGCCGUUGCAGACCAGAAAGUUUCGAAGAAGAAUGGGAAGGGUACGACUCCAUCGGAGAAUAUUUUGAAUCAAACCGGCGUUGAGCCCGGAGGGAAAGAGAACAGAAAGGAACCAACUCAAGUCGGGGUGAAGCAGUCUAUCACUACUUUGCUACCUGGUAAUCAUGACACGACCCCUAUGGGGUAUGGGGUCUUAGAACCCCAAGCAUCGACUCUUGAUUGUCAGCUCGGCUGACGGCGGGGUAAGUUUCACCUUCUAACACUUUCUCCAUGUUAAGUGUUCUUGCGUUGAACUACAACGGGGCAGGUAAGGAUGCGUUUUUAUCUACUUUGGAGUCUUUCUACAGGCCUUCUAGGCCGGAUAUUCUAAUUAUUAUCGAGCCCAAAAUUAGUGGUGCCGCUGCAGAACAGGUCAUUGCUAGAAUGGGUUUCGAUGGUGUUUUGGUGACGGAAGCCAUUGGUUUUGCUGGUGGAAUUUGGGUUCUCUGGCAAAAACAUGAUUUAAAAAUCUCGCCCAUCUCUGUGUGAGAACAAAUGAUCCAUUUUCAUUGUGAGAGAAGGGAUGGUUCAAACCAGGCAGUUCUGAUCUCUGCGUGCUAUGGCAGCCCGACAGUGGCGCGACGGGCAGAUUUAUGGUCAGAGAUCUAUAGACUGGCUAGGAACAUAAAGCUACCAUGGCUUCUUGCUGGUGAUUUCAACUCAAUCCUACGGCCUAGAGAUCGUACAGGGGGGACGAUUAUAAUGAAUCUCGCAGCAGGGCUUUCAGGAAUUGUAUUGAUGGAUGUGAAUUGUUCGAUGUGGGUUUCUCUGGGCCCCGUUUUACUUGGCGUCGAGGGCUACUUCAACAAAGACUCAAACACCCACCUUGAGAGAAUUGGGUCGGAUCACAAGCCCAUUUUAAUUCAAGCGGAGGGGGCUGCCAACAACAACAAAAUUCCUCGACCUUAUCACUUCCAAGUUUCUUGGCUUUUCAUGAGGAUUUUCACCGGGUCAUGGAGGAGAAUUGGAACCAAUCUGGAAGUCUACCGACCUCAAUGGGGAAACUAACCAGCGCUCUGCAGGUGUGGAAUCGGAGGGUCUUUGGGCACAUCCUACAAUGAAAGAGGCGACUAGCGCGUCGACUACGACAAAUCAAGAUGGAUAACGAGAUGUCCCCCACCGAGGAGUCACACCGCGCCGAAGAGGAAACCCGUCGUGAGCUAGAAUUAGCGCUAUGGCAAGAGCAAGUUUUCUGGCUCCAAAAAUCCAGAGCUACUUGGAUAGUGGAAGAGGAUCGCAACACAAGGUUCUUCCACCUGUCGACCCUUAAACGUCAGCGCUUCAAUUGCAUUUUGGGGUUGAAGAACAGUGAAGGCCAUUGGAUUUUUGAUGAGACUAAAUUGCGAGGUAUGGUUGUAUCCUUUUUCAAAACUCUCUACCAUGCUGAAUUGGGAGUUUCACCAUGGCUGCCCAAGGGAUUCACAGCCUUGUCUGCUUCUACCUAUACUGGACUUGAGCGCCCCAUAGCUAGAGAUGAGAUCAUCCAAGCAAUCAAAAGCAUGGGGAACUUAAAAGCUCCGGGGAAGGAUAGUUAUCAUCCGGUUGACCAAACACUUCGCCAAAGUUUUGUAAGCCACAUUACAUAAUCCAAUGGGUCGAAACUGGAGAAGGGAUUCAGGAGCUUCUUUUUUGGGGAUGAGGACAAGUAAGGUUUCAUUUACCUGAGAAAUUAUUUCUGGUUCCCUGAAGCAUUCCUCCACAUAUAAUCAGUUUUGUACCUGGCAGGCACAUAUCAGACAAUAUAAUCAUCGUGCAAGAAGUAGUCCAUUCCAUGGGGGUGAAGAAGGGUAGGAAAGGGCAGAUGCCUCUAAAGACCGACUUAACUAAAGCUUAUGACAGAUU